AUGGCUGCGAUCAUGCCUGAUCUAGCCGGCCUCAAUGAUGUGGCGGACGGUACCUCUCCAUGCGUGACGGCUGGCGGCAGUGGAUCUGGAGAGCUUCACCCCAUUUCUUCUCCAGCGACGGAGACCAAAGAUAGAAGAUCAAAGAACUGCUUUCAUUUCUCGACGGACGGUGUCGGGCCAUAUCUUCAGUUGUCCACCUCUUCGACGCUUCCAGGUGGACUGUGGUGCCGGGUCGAGGGCAACAUAGCUAAGCUCGCGGGGCGGACGACGGAGAACGUGCCUAAACCACCUCAGUCACCUUUCUUGAAUGGCCUGAGAUAUCCUCGUUAUACGAUCGUAGCGGAUGCGGACUGUCUCAUUUGCGAUGAAGUCGCUAAACUUAACUCGCAGGAUGGUCCUCAGGCAUCAGUGAUUAAAGACCGUCAGUCAUUGCUCAUCUUCAGCGCGUACAGCCCAGCAUUCACACCCGUAGAGGACGAAUGA